AUUGGUUUCCACAGUUACAGAAUGCCAACAUCGUGGUUCCCCUUCUUUUUACCAAGUUCAGUCAGUAAGUCUGACCAAUAUUGUGGAGAAAGUCUACGAUUGGAACUCAAUCAUCUUGAUUACUAUCCCACAGAAAACGUCAGUUACAUUUAAAAAAACCGAAACUAUGACAAUUCAUUUUCAGGAUACCUAUGAUCAAGACUAUAGUUUGUAUGUCUUCGCCUUCGAUGAUGCUAGCAAAAUGGUGUUGAGUAACAUUUUUAACUUCGGAAAGCUCAAAAAGGAACGGAAAAAAGAUGGGUGUGUGAGACUUCAAUUGAGACAGGUAAAAGGACCACUGUAAAUGAGAUUUUUCUUUUGAGACACUUUAUUUCUAUUCAUCAGACCUGUUCAAGUCGACGUUAUUCGUAAUUGUGCUAACCAGGUUCGACUCCUUAAUAUCAACUGAUGUGUCAGAAAUUGGCUGGUGUUCCCUAAAUAUUCACGAAAUUAUUCGAAGUUCAUCUUUGCCAUAUUCGUGUAGUUCGUCUUUCUCAAAAGGAUCAUGCCGUGUAUUAUACCUUUCUCCUGAAGUUUGCAAUACAUUCCCAGAAAAGUUCGAGAAUCAAUGUAUUUAUUAUUCAAUAGAUUCAUUCAAGGAACUAGAGAAUUAUCCGUGCUUGAUCCCUGAAAACAAAUUCGUUUCUUCACUGAGUUGCAUUUCUGGGGCAAAUACAGACCGAAUCCAAGAUACAUGGGAUACAGGAGGUUUUGUAAAAAUUUUCAUCGAAGAUAUCUCAAUUACAAGUUAUUCUUCCCAGAUAGCAGAUUUUGAAAAUUAUUUGUGUUCUACGGUUUCAGACGACUUGGUUGCUACAUAUAAUCAUCAUGGGAUAUCUUCACCAGUCAGACUACAGGUUUACGAAAGAAGAUUUAAGACUUUCUUGCACAACCGUUAUACUAUCCUUCAACCUGUCCCGGUAAUUUACUUAGACACAGUUAUCGAGUCAGAGAGAGGAUCGUCUUCAGGAAGAAAAAUAUCACCAACUUCUUUAGGCAAACCAAUGGAGAUUUCAUCAACUGUGAGCUCUGAGUCCUCUUCGAAAGCAUAUCUCGUCGCACGCAAUGAUGCAGAAUUAACUGUACCACAGAAUCUUAAAUGUGCAGUUGUGUUUGUACUGGAAUAUGUUUUAUCCGAUAUAAAUUCAUCGACACCAAAGAAAUUUCAUUGUACAGUAAGAUGGGCAGCAUAUCCACUUGAAGAUAACAUGGGAAUGGCAAAUAAUAUUGGAUAUAAUUCAGUAAAUUUAAAUUUAUUACUCCAAGGAAGUGUGAAACCAAGUACAGUAACUGAUUCAAAUAUUGACCUCUCAUCAUCAUCAUCUAUCAAUGGUAAUAAGAUACAGAUUUCAGAUAGUGACGAUUACGAGAAAUGCUUAUUGAGAACAGUAUGUCCAGAUGGAAGUUUUUGUUUCACAGAUAAUGUUCGUUCAACAAUGGAAUUAACAUUAAAUUGUACAAUAUCGGUUGGAAUACGAAAAGAGAUGAGUGAAAAUGCUGUUGUUGAAGAAUCUGCCCUUGUAACCAAGCAAUCUAAACCAGCUUAUGGAGUUCCAGAAGUAGAACAUCAAUUUUCAGGAAGAGAAUCACUCCCUCCGGAAUCGCCAUCAUUUCCUGUUGUUCCCAGAAAGAAAAAAAUGCGAACGGUAAAAAGAAAAUCUUCAACCAAUUUAUUGAAAAAAAAUGAUUUAGUUGAUGAUUUUAAACAGUUCGAGAAUUUACAAGAACUGAAUUUAAAUUCAUUACCAGUUCCGAUUCGAGCUCAAUUCAAUUUACAGGCUCAAUUGUUACAACAACAACAACAGCAACAUCAAAUGGGACUUUUUAAUCCAUAUAGUGGAUUUUUAAAUUAUGGCAUGUUAGUUGGUCCUUAUUUAGGUGGAAUUGGACCAACAAUGUAUCAACCAAUGGAACCAAUCUCUUCAUCUAUGAUUGGACCAUUUCUAAAUCGAAAUGUUAAUAAUUCUUUCAUACUUUUAGAUAACAUUCAUCAUGGUGUAGGAUUAAGUAGAGCAGCUUAUGCUAAAAUUUAUUCAGCAGGUUUCGAACCAAUUCAAACAGAAACUGGCGAACCACCGUUUACAAUUGAUCCACAAACUGAUAUAAUCGAUGAUUUUAAGUUUGUAAAAGAAGAAAUUGACAAAUUGGAUCAGAAUGAAAUUAUUUUUCAAUUUUUAGCUUAUUCUGGGUCUACUUCCAGCUCUAUAGCAACCGAUGGUCCUUACAUACCUGAACAAAUCUAUUUUACGUUUCAGUUUUAUCGUUUUCCUCAAGUGAAAACUCCGACCUUAUUCAUUGGACAAUCUCUUGAUAAUAGUUCUCAUUCAAAAAUUAGUUCUUUAAGAAUAUUAUGGAAAUCAAAAAAUCAAACUGAAAAAUCUUUAUCUGAAAUUACAUUAAAUUCUACUAAUGAGAAAGAUGAAAAUAAAUUACCAGGAUAUAAGGUAGUUUUUCGUAUUGAUCCUAAUUAUUUUAAACCGGGUGAAAUGGAAAUAUUCUUCAACUAUCUACUUCGAACAACUAUGCAAAUUGAUGUUUGGAAUGCAAAAUCUCAUAUUCUAAUAGGAACGUGUAUGGUUGAAUUAAGACAUCUAUGUCGUCAAGGUCGUGAAGCUGUUCAAAUCACGUACUCCAUGGAUAUUUUGCAUUCAAACGACAAUGUAUUUGAUGAUGAAUCAUAUUCAACAAGCCCUCCAGAUAUUCAAGGUUGUUUGCUCUUGCGACUUGCGAAUAUUGGACAUCGUAGACAAUUAAUAUCCAAAGAAAUUACAAUCAGAAAUAAGACCAGGAAAAAAUAUUUAAUAAGUCAAAUGGAUGCUACUUGUUUUAGAAAAUUUACAGGUGAUGAUUUGUCAAACUUGAAUUGUUUAAAUUCAAAUGAUAUCAGUGGUUGCACAACAGGGAUUGUGGUACGCGCGCAUAAAAUUAAACCAACUAAUAUUGCACUACAAGAAAUGAUGAAAGUGGUUAGUGCAUCGAAACUAGAAUUACCUAUGACAACAAUAAAAGCUAAUAAAUUGACAAACGAUCGGAGUAGAAUGAAAGAUGUAACAAGAAUGGAGAAACUUGAACGUUUACAUAGUUCAUUAAAACCUAUUGAAGGUUUAAAAAAUAUAUGGAAUAAUACAAAAUUGUCCGAAAAUUCCAAAAUCAAGGCUUUAUCAUUAGAAAAGAAACCACAAUUAGAUACAAUUAGUCAAUAUAGAGAUAAAAAGAAACAUGAAUUAUUUGAACGAUUAAUUAAUAAUGCUACAACUAUUGAACAUGAACUACAUACAAGUUUUGGUUGUACAGAGUUUUUUGAAUAUCAAUUAAAGAAUCCAUUUAAUAGUGAUGAUAAUGUUAAUGUGAACAUUGAAGAUAAAUCAAAUUCUUUAUCUUUUGUUACGGAUCCACGUGAAGUACGUGCAUUAAAAUUAGCAUUUAAUAUUGAUACACCAACUGAAGAUGAUUUAUUCGCUUUGGAUUUGAAACAAAAUUAUAACUAUGAAAAUAACAAUGAAAUUAAUGAUGAGAAAAAAUCAUUGAAACGAAACAAUGUUAUCCUAUUUCUUAAAUCCAAUGAAACUGUACUAAUCCCAAUGAAAUAUGAAGAAUUUACAAUGUUUCAUACUACUAAACAAUAUGAUGGAGUAAAUGAAAAUUUUUCUGAAUAUAAUCCAAGUAAUAAAAAUAAUCUUACAGAAAUGAAACGUGUAAUACAAGUAAUUUUCAAAUCAACAACUUACGGGAAGAUUAUCUCACAAUUACUAAUACACAUUCAUAUUCAACCACCGAUAAUUGAUCAUAGUUUUCGAUUUUUUCAUCCUGAAUUAAGUUUCAUGAAAAAAAUUCUUCGUCUGCCACGAAGUGCUAUUGAUUGGAGAAAUAAUAAUAAUAAUAACAAUCGAGCAAUUCAACAAGCUAAUCAACAAAUAUGGGUCAGAGUAUCCGAUCCGGAUGUAUUAACUUUGUCCAAUGUUCAAGGUGAUGUAGUUGAUUUGCUGAUUAAAGUUGGUCUUGGGAAAUCUCCACAAGUACGUGAAUUUCUUAUCAGUGUUUACGUGGAACCGUUUCAAAUUCGUCCAGCUUAUGUAUGGUAUUGGGCUAUACAUUCACUUCAACGUGUUGAUGCCAUAGCUACAGUUGGACAAUUAUCACCUCCUAUAGGAUUAUUAUUACGUACAGAUGAUUGUAUAUCAAAUAUCAGUUCAAAACGUAUCACUGUAUAUACCAGUCAUCCAAAUGAAGUUUUCAUUGGUACAGAAUUUAAUUCCAAUAACUUUCAGAAAAAUUGUCCGGGUAAAGAAUUAACAUUAUGUGUUUCAUCACGUUCUGUUUAUGAGUUAAAGAUUAGACUAUGUCCAAAAUAUGUUGGUAAGAAAAUUUAUCAAAUCAAUGUAGUGGAUACAAUUAGUCAAUGUGUAGUACGUGCAUGGAUUCUAUGUGUAGAUGCUAGACAACCAGAAAUAACAAAAUCAUUUAAUAUAAAAUUACCAAAACAACAAAUGACUACCACUUGUAAUAAACGUAUUGCUUACACAAAUCCAUAUCAAUACAAUAAAACAAUAAUACUGGAAACUAACAGAUCUGAUUUAGUUCAAUUUAAGGAGUCCAUAAUAGAAAUCCCAGCAGCAGAAACAAUUCAAAUUGGACUACAUUUUAUUCCGCAAGCAACAUCAGAUUCGGAACAAAUAUAUAUAUUCAUUAAGGACGAACAAAGCAAAAACUUGGAAACAUUUUUAAUUAUUGCCCAAUAUUAUUAAUAUUUAUUUAAUAUAAAAUCCUGUUCAUUCCCA